GGAACGGUGUCUCCUUCACUUCGCCCUCCAGCCGCGGUAGCUGCAGCCCAAGCCUGAGCGAGCCGAGCGGCCUCAGCUGCGAGCAGAGCGGCGGCAGCAGCCCCUCCCAGGAGACCACCAGCAGAUCACCUCUUUCUGUGGCUUCGCCAUGGCGACCUAUGGACAGAGCUGCGCGCGGCCAAUGUGUAUUCCUCCAUCAUAUGCUGACCUUGGCAAAGCUGCCAGAGAUAUUUUCAACAAGGGAUUUGGUUUUGGGUUGGUGAAACUGGAUGUGAAAACAAAGUCAUGCAGUGGUGUGGAAUUCUCAACAUCUGGUUCAUCUAACACAGACACUGGUAAAGUUACUGGAACCUUGGAGACCAAAUAUAAAUGGUGUGAGUAUGGUCUGACUUUCACAGAAAAAUGGAACACUGAUAACACUCUGGGAACAGAAAUAGCAAUUGAAGACCAGAUUUGUCAAGGUUUGAAACUGACAUUUGAUACUACCUUUUCACCAAACACGGGAAAGAAAAGUGGUAAAAUCAAGUCUUCUUACAAGAGGGAGUGUAUAAACCUCGGUUGUGAUGUUGACUUUGAUUUUGCUGGACCUGCAAUCCAUGGUUCAGCUGUCUUUGGUUAUGAGGGCUGGCUUGCUGGGUACCAGAUGACCUUUGACAGUGCCAAAUCAAAGCUGACAAGAAACAACUUUGCAGUGGGCUACAGGACUGGGGACUUCCAGCUACACACUAAUGUCAAUGAUGGGACAGAAUUUGGAGGAUCAAUUUAUCAGAAAGUAUGUGAAGAUCUUGACACUUCAGUAAACCUUGCUUGGACAUCAGGUACCAACUGCACUCGCUUUGGCAUUGCAGCCAAAUAUCAGUUGGACCCCACUGCUUCCAUUUCUGCAAAAGUCAACAACUCUAGUUUAAUUGGAGUGGGCUAUACUCAGACUCUGAGGCCUGGUGUCAAGCUUACACUGUCUGCUCUGGUAGAUGGGAAGAGCAUUAAUGCUGGAGGCCACAAACUUGGGCUUGCCCUGGAGUUGGAGGCUUAAUCUAGCUGAAAGAAACCUCUGGGAAUGGAUUAUCAGAAGAUUUGGCCUUAAUAUAUUUCCAGUGUGACCGACCAGCAGGCUUUUUCCCCCCAAGAAGGUGAUCAAAACAAAGGAUGAUCUAAACAAGAGCUGUAUUUUAAAUAUUUAGACAGUUACUUGUUAGCUGGUUUCUAGUUGAAUUGGUUAUCUAUCUAGUUACCAAUGCUGCAGUCGUGCAGUCACCUAUACAUUAUUUAAAUGUAUUUAACUGUUAAAUGCGCUACCCACCAAUAAUGAAAUAGACCUUUAUGAAAACUGUGCAA